GGAAUGAGUUCGAGGCGCACAACCGAACCAUUGAACCAAUUGGGGGGCUCCAGCGAUGAGCAUACUAUCCUUAGAGAAUAGAGAGCGCUUACAUCGGGAGGCACGAUUCGCGGGGUCGGAAAUAUAACCGCCAAGCAACCAUCCUCCCGAGCCUUCCAAAGUCCGAGAGCAUCACCGAUCCGUCGCUGACAUACCUCUACUCGUUCUCAGGAUGUAGUCGGCCUAUUUAACCUCUGACUUGACCACGUAUCCGUCGUUUCUUCGAGGAACAAACCAAACAUUUCCCUCGUCCCGUUUUCCAGUCACCCCAACAAGCCCACUCAAACCAGAUCUUUCCCCUGUUCUAAUUCUAAACACUUUGCGUCCCUCAAAGAACUCGCCGACCAUGCCCACCUCGUCUCCUCGCACAAGCAACGGCCGUGAAGUGGCGUCCUUUGUAACCCGCCGUCACGACACAUAUCCCCUGAUCUUGCCGGCCAAUGCGGACCUCUCGGGCAAAUCCAUGCUCGUCACCGGCGCGUCCAAGGGGCUGGGCAAGGCAGCCGCCAUCCGCUUCGCCAUGGCCGGCUGCUCCAAGAUCGCCCUGGCGGCACGCUCCCCCCUGAACGAGACCGAGACCGAAGUCAAAGCCGCCGCGGUAGCUGCGGGCCACCCGGAGCCCCACGUCCUCAAGCUGACCGUCAACGUCAGCGUGGAGUCGUCCGUCCAGAAAGCGGCGCAAGUGGUGAGCGAGGCCUUCGGCGGCAGCCUGGACGUCCUAAUCGCCAACGCCGGCUACUCGGCCGACUGGGACCGCCCGCUCGCCGAGUCGGACGCGUCCGACUGGUGGCAGACGUGGGAGACCAACGUGAAGGGCACCUACCUCUGCGCGCGUUACUUCCUGCCGCAGCUGCUCGCCUCGUCGCUCAAGACGGUCCUGUCCCUCUCCAGCACGGGCGCCCAUCAGAUCUUCCCGGGCGCGUCGGCCUACCAGACGUCCAAGUUUGCCGUCUGCCGCUUGACCGAGUUCCUCGACCAGGAGUACCACGCCCAGGGCCUGGUGGCCGUUGCCAUCCACCCGGGCGGCGUCCAGACCGAGAUGGCGCAGAAGAUCCCGGAGCAGCUGCGCGAGAUCGUCAUUGAUACGACCCCGGACCUGGCGGCGGAUGCCAUGGUGUGGCUUGCCAAGGAACGGAGGGAAUGGCUGGCGGGGCGGUACUUUGAGUGCAAUUGGGAUGUGAAGGAUUUGGAGGACCGGAAGAAUGAGAUUGUGGACAAGGAUCUGCUGAAGUUUAGGCUCAGGAUCUGA